AUCUGCUACAUGAUCAGUAUGGAUCCGGCGGAGGAGUACAAGCCGCUGGGGGGUGAGGAAACAGCAGAGAAAACAGAAGAAGAGGACAAACUAACAGUGGAACAGAUGGUUGACAAUACAAUCGGAUCAAAAACCUCCAAAGCGUCUAUUGGGAAAUUUAUUGGACUCUUUCUUGUGGGUAUAGCGGCAAGGAUUACAGGCCCUUUCCUUACUUUCGCUCCCAUCUUUACUGGUUUUUUGAAUUACAAAGAUUGGGAAUGUGUCUCUGAGAGAUGUGACGAACUAGCUGCCAACUUUACAGAGGAACCCCCCUUGUUUUACAGCCGGAACACUAUCUGUGACAAUGCCUUGACACCUCACGUUGACUUCAGGUGGACUAUAGAGAGGACAAGUUACGCUCUGGAGUGGGGACUCAUCUGCUCAAAUGAGGACAAGGGCUCCAAUCUAAAGAGUUUCUUCUUCCUUGGGGCCUUCAUUGGUCUGAUUACUGGGACGGUUUUAUUUGAUAGGCUCGGAAGAAAGACGACCUGUCUACUAGGACUAACAAUAUCUUCCCUCUCCUGUAUGGCUACCUACUUUGUUAACAGCUACCAAAUAAUGCUGCCUCUGAGAAUAAUCCACGGGUUCGGAGCCUUUAUAGUCGUGUCUGGAGUUGACCUGCUCUCCAUUGAGUUCACUCCUUCUAACAUGCGGAACCUCAGUCAGAUCCUGAGCAACGCUCUCUGGAAUGUGGGGUCUUUUCUGCUGGUUGGAAUCUCAUACAGCUUGAAGGAUUGGCACCAAAUAUUUCUGGUGCAGGGUUGUGUGUUGGUUGCAACAGCAAUACCUAUCCUCAUCUUCCCAGAGUCACCUAGAUUUCAUCUGGUUAGAGGAAGGCAGAAGGAAGCAAGAACGACGUUCAAGAAAAUCUCAACGAUCUUCAAGACCGAUAAAAUAUUGGAAAGUACAGAAAUUACCUACAAACACUACGAUAGCAACUACCUGGGCCAGAUAAAAGACUUCAGAAGAUAUCCUGUAAUGCUGAAGAACACCGUCGUGUUGAUGAUAUGCUGGCUGAUGAUCUCAACUGUUACCUACGGUCUCAUGUUUAGCUGGGGAAAGCUAGGGGCUGAUAUUUACCAGAGUCUCUUCUUUGCUAAUUGCGGAGGCCUAAUCGCCAAGGUAACUGGGAUGAACUACUACAUUAUGCACUGGUUUGGCAGAAGGAAGGCUGUGAUGAUCAACUUUGCAGGGCUAGCCUCUGUUUUCUUCUUAUCUAUUCCCAGCUAUGGAGUUCGUCUCUCUGAUACUUGGAACUUGGAUCAUGUGGUGUGUUUGUUCGCCACCCUCUUUAUAGCGGGGGUGUGGGCUGCAGUGGCUCUGCUUACUAAAGAGUUGUCUCCAACCUCUCACCGGGGAAUGAUAUACUGCACCUGCUCUGCAACUGCUAGGAUUGGUGCUUUCGCCGGACCCUACUUGACACUGCUCUACAACACUUUGGACGCCAGGAUAGUGCUCGCUAUAUUUGGAGGCUUAGCAGCCUUCGCCACUUUUGUGGGUUUCUUCAAUUCUGAUAGCACUCGGAAACCUAUCCCGUCAACUCCGGAGGAUCUACUGCAACCCCAUCCACACACUGGACACGACAAACUACAGGACGAAUAUGACACUUAAAAAUUACAAUCUUCAGGAUAAUUAUGACAUUUAUUCAUUUACUCGAAACCGUUUUCAUUAAUUAACAAAGAACAGAAAAAUUGUUAAACCGGACUUUAAAAAUAAUGAUAAUGAUUAAAAAAACACCUUUACUGUCAGUAAAAUUAACAUCAAUAUACUCAGUGAAGUUCACGGGGUAUAUUGAUGCUAAUUUUAAAUUUACAUACAUUUUAUCGUGACCGUGGCCGUCUAUGCAGUAAUUGUAUUUGUAAGUAAAAUAAUUAUUUAGUGCUUUAAUAUGAUGAUUUCAACUUUACAAUCCUAAAGGCAACUUUAACUGUGCUCAGCUAUGCUUGUUAAAUAAGCUCCAUUUUAAUAGUUUCAACAAUAUCUAAUCUUGUGUAAGUUUUUGACUUUUAAUAGAUAAUAAUUAUUAUAUGUAUUUUUGAGUAAACAUUGGCUGGUACUUGCUACAAAUUUUAACUGAUUAAAUUUAGCCUUUGUUACAAUUUUUACGUUUGAGUUACUAAACUAUGAUGAUUAUAUCAUAUGAUUUUUACUUGAUAGAGUGCUUAUCAGUGGCUUAAAUGUUUUUACAG